UUCAAUAGUAGGGGCUUACAGGACUUGCUAACUACUGUUACAUGGUGACAUUAACGAAAGGCUGGAGGUUUUUGCGACUCGUCAUUGCAGUUUUUAUGUUUUGAAUUAGUGCGCAACAAGUGGGCGGAUAAGUUUCAGACUGGGCGUCUGUUUUAAAAAUUGCUGUGUUUACGUCUUUCGUGUUGAUAUGUAACGUUAACGGUCGCUAGCUCGUUAGCCAACGUCAUUCGCUCACUAUCACAAGCCAAAUAGCUCGCUGGCUAGGAGUCCGCUAGCUUAGCAUUGAAUUUUUGCUAGAUUGUUUGACACCAUCAGAACAAAUAACACGAGUUCCUGCUUACAGUGCUGGCUAUGAGUUAGACUUAAGGUAUCGUUUAUGAUUUCAACGUGAGACGAAAGUGUAACUGGAUGUUUGGCGAUAGAAAUAGCAGAAGCUAUAGCUAGCAGCUUGUUAGCUUGUCAACAACAACAAUGGGCUUUAAACGGGAUUUAAAGACGACUAGAAUACAAUGUUUGUUGGCCAUUGUCCUGAUAGUUUCCAUCAAAGGAAUACCAGCUGAUGAAGAGCAGUAUGAGAAUGGAGUCCCAGAGCUAAAGUCGUACCAUGAGCCAGACUCUGAGGAGGAUGAGGUCCCGGUGGAGUCGAGGAUUGUGGCAGGUGCCUCUGUGAGUGCUGCCAAGAAACCGCCCUCACCAGAGGAGGAGAGACAGUCUGGAGAUGGAGUCCAGGAGAGCAGGCUGGAGGGAGAGGAAAAGGAGGACCUGCCCAGCCAGCCUCCACCAGCUGAGGAGAAACCUAAAGAGGUUCCUGUGGUGAAUGGAGGUACGGCCAAUGGAGAGCCUUGCGUCUUCCCCUUCCUCUUCCAGGGGAAGGAAUAUUUAGACUGUACCACUGAUGGACGGGGGGACGGACGGCUGUGGUGCGCCACCACCUAUGAUUAUGACCAAGAGAAGCAAUGGGGCUUCUGUGAGACGGAGGACCAGGCACAGCAGAGGCGGCAGGCAGAGGAGGCUGAGGAGCAGUAUCAGGCUGUGCUCCGCAUGCUCAAUGCCACCACCAGAAAGAACCAAAAGAAAGAGUUGUAUGAAAAGCUGCUGAAAGUGGCGGCGAAAGGCCACCACAAAGCCAUGGAGAAGGUGGCCUAUGCCAUGCUGUUCGGAGACUACAUGGGUCAAAACAUCCCCAAAGCCAAAGAACUGUUUGAGAAGCUCGCCAUUGAGGGCUCGCCCAAAGCUCAGACGGCUCUCGGUUUUCUGUAUGCUGCAGGGCUGGGAGUGAACUCCAGUCAAGCAAAGGCCUUGGUUUAUUACACUUUUGGAGCACUGGGAGGAAACCUGGUUGCCCAUAUGAUUCUGGGAUACAGAUACUGGGGAGGUGUGGGUGUACCCCAGAGCUGUGAAUCAGCACUAACACACUACAGGCUUGUGGCCAACCAGGUGGCCAGUGACGUGUCCCUGACAGGCGGCUCUGCGGUGCAGAGGAUCCGGCUGCUGGAUGAGGUGGAGAACCCUGGCUCCACCAGUGGGAUGUUGGAGGAGGACCUGAUCCAGUACUACCAGUUCCUAGCUGAGAAGGGAGAUGUUCAAGCUCAGGUGGGACUUGGCCAGCUGCACCUGCAUGGAGGACGUGGCGUGGAACAGAAUCACCAGAGGGCCUACGAUUACUUCAACCAGGCUGCAAAUGCAGGGAAUACACAUGCUAUGGCUUUCCUGGGCAAGAUGUACUCAGAAGGCAGUGAGUUUGUCCCUCAGAACAAUGAGACAGCCCUGCAGUACUUCAAGAAGGCCUCUGACUUGGGGAAUCCAGUAGGACAGAGUGGCCUGGGCAUGGCCUACCUGUAUGGAAGAGGUGUACCUGUGAAUUACGAGCUUGCACUGAAGUACUUCCAGAAGGCAGCAGAACAGGGUUGGGUGGACGGACAACUCCAGCUGGGCACCAUGUAUUACAAUGGCAUUGGGGUCAAGCGUGACUACAAGCAGGCACUCAAGUUCUUCAACCUGGCCUCGCAGGCCGGCCACAUCCUGGCCUUCUACAACCUGGCCCAGAUGCAUGCCACCGGCACCGGGGUCAUGCGCUCCUGCCACACAGCUGUGGAGCUCUUCAAGAAUGUGUGUGAGCGUGGCCGCUGGUCAGAGCGCCUGAUGACAGCCUACGGCAGCUUUAAGGAGGGCGACAUGGACGCAGCGCUGGUGCAGUACCUGCUACUGGCAGAGCAGGGCUACGAGGUGGCCCAGAGCAACGUGGCCUUCAUUUUGGACCAGACAGAGGGGUCACAGAUCUUCAGUGAAAACGAGACCUAUCCCCGAGCUUUGCUGCACUGGACAAGAGCUGCAGCACAGGGUUACACUGUGGCGAGAAUAAAACUUGGAGAUUACCAUUUCUAUGGCUAUGGGACAGAUGUGGACUAUGAAACAGCCGUCAUCCACUACAGACUGGCAUCAGAGCAGCAGCACAGCGCCCAGGCCAUGUUUAACCUGGGUUACAUGCACGAGAAAGGCCUGGGCAUCAAGCAGGACAUCCAUCUGGCCAAGCGUUUCUACGACAUGGCUGCUGAGGCCAGCCCUGAUGCCCAAGUCCCAGUCUUCCUGGCCCUGUGUAAGCUGGGCUUGGUUUAUGCUCUGCAAUACCUGCAGGAUCUUAAUGUGAAGGAGCUGAUUACUCAGGUGGACCUAGACCAGCUUCUGGGUCCUGAGUGGGACCUCUACCUCAUGACCGUCAUCGCCCUGCUAUUGGGCACAGUCAUCGCCUACCGCCAGCGCCAACACCAAAUCAUGGUGCCUCCUCGCCCGGCAGUCCCUGCCCCCGCCCCCCCAGCCAGACCACCCCAAGAGCAGCCACAAGCCCCGGCCGAGCCCCAGGCCCAAGGAGAGACGCCAGCGCAGGGCCAGGGCCCGGCUCCGGCCCCGGCCCCAGCUGAACCGGAGCAGCAGGAGCAGCAGUGAGAGGAGGGCAGCAAAACAUUCACAGAGAGCGGUGUGGUAAAGGAGUCACUACCAGUCCACCCUACGGAGUAGCCAAUGCUUACUAGCCAACGUCCUGCUAGUGUGAGCACCACUCCCACUCUCCCUGCUCCCCUCCGCAUGCUAAAAAAGACUAAGAUGGUUACUGAACUGUUGGCUCUCACCACGCCCCUUCCCCAUUGAAAUAUGCUGGGCCCCAUCCUGAAGUCAGACAGUGGGGGUAUUUAUGGACAAUGCUACAUUAUGGAGACUGCCCAAAGGAUAACAGACUUGGGACUUACUAGUUUGAGACUCAGGGUAUUGCCAGAGGCACCCGUCUCCUCUUCGUGGAAAUAACCAUAGGGUUGCCAUAUCGAAGGAAUUUUGGACUUGUCUAAUCAGCAAAUCAGAGUAGUUGGAAUCUGAUAUGUGCAUUUGUUUCUUCUUAAUGUCCCUUUUUAAGGGAUUCGGUUUCAAUGGAAUGGCUUAAGCCCCCUUUAUUUGUCCAGAGAUUUGAGGGGGGGAAAAAACACUGGCAGGAAAGUUGAUAAUCUUAACACCAUUUUGUUAGCUAGUGCUGGUUCCAUUGAUAUGAAAAUAGUCAUGUUUUUGCUCUUUUGCAUGUUUUCUCUGAUCAUUUUGCUUGGUUUUUAUUUGGGCACACUUUCCCUUAUAGUUCAUGGAUGAACAUGUUUUUUUUUUUUUUGCCAACUUUUACUUUCAUUCAUUACUAGUAACAACAAAAAAGCUGCUGACACACCUGAACUGGUCUGAGCUAAGUUUUGUAUUUCACCAGAUCUCCAGUGCAGUGCCCGCUUAAAAUCCAGUGUUGCACAGGCUUUUAAAAGGUUAAUUUUAAAGAACAAACAUUAGUGAAGAUUUAUACCAGUCCAGUGAAAUAAAGCAGAGAACUGUUUGCACAAUUCUUUGAAAUGUGUAAAUUGCAAUGCCAUCAACAGUUUUUGAUAUUGCUGCAGAUCUUUGUUUAUGUUAGGUAGCACUGUGUGGCUCCGUGGUCCCUCUCAUCUCAUCUUUUUUUUUUUUUUUUUUUUUUUUUUUUUAAGUUUAAUAAGUGUUAGCCAUGUUAACCAAGGCAAAAACACACGGGCCGCCUCAUAGACAGCAGCUCUUAAAGUGAUUGCUUCAUUAGAGGAAAUGGAAGAGAUUUCUUUGUGUUAGGUUACAUAUCUGCAGCUGUUGUGAGAACUUCCACCCCCUCACCAAAAGCCCAGUUUGGAGCUUUUCAGCUUAGAUGGACCCAAAUUUGAGCUAAGAAUGGGAAAUGAAUCAACCCACAGCGAGGCCAGAGGAGCACUUCAGCCAAAAAGAUAUAACACCAGUAUUUCGAUACCUGCUUAAUUUUGCUACAUGCAGUUUGACUCUGAAGUCCAUUUGUCCAGUCAUACAAAAUGUCUUAAGUCUAAAAUAAGGAGAACACUUGAUCUGGCAACAGUGUAGUAAGUUAUAUAGGACGGGAGAAUGUUAAUACCAGGAUGAUGAAAAGAAAUGAUCCCAGGCUGUUACAGUUAACAAUGAUGCCCCCUGCAUUUGCUUUCAUCAGAGAACUCAGUAGCAUUGCUAUCUCCACGACCCAUGUUUUCAGUCUAAAAUCAAACACCGGUCAAGACUGACUAAAAGCCUGCAUUUUUACCAUCGCAAUGACAAGUUUAUAACAAAAUAAAUAAAUGAUAUAUGGAUAUUU